AUUCAGAGGAGUGGGGUUGGGCCCGUCGGACGCUUGUUGUUGUCGGGUCGGGGGAGGCGGAGGUCGCUGUUUAGCUCUCUGGCUGGUGCGAUCUCGGCGGUCCGCGGCAGGUCGGUCGCGAAAGCGGGCGCUGCAGGGGGGCGAGGCUAUGUCGCGGCUGCAGCCCGUCUGGGCCGGCAGGGCCUGGAGUAACGGGACGUCGCCGCGAAGCUUCUUCCCCCGGAUACAGUGCGGCCCGAGUGGAGGCCGCGGCGCCGCCCUCCAGUCCUGAGGAACCCGCGCUGCGCGAAGCCGCGCUGCCGUCACCUCGGCACCGACACUAAGCAACCCGGCUAUCCUGGCUUGAUCUAGCCCAUUUCUGGCAGGAAGCAGCGAAGCAACCCAUAGAACCAGGGAAGAGCUCCCAUACAGGUAGUGCUGCACUAGUCCCACUCGCACAAGAAGCUCCCUUCCCAAAGGACAUGAAGCUAUUGGAGAACUCCAGCUUUGAGGCCAUCAACUCACAGUUGACAGUGGAGACUGGAGAUGCCCAUAUUAUUGGCAGGAUUGAAAGCUACUCAUGUAAGAUGGCAGGAGAUGAUAAACAUAUGUUCAAGCAGUUCUGCCAGGAGGGCCAGCCCCAUGUGUUGGAGGCACUGUCCCCACCCCAAACUUCAGGCCUCAGUCCCAGCAGGCUGAGCAAGAGCCAGGGUGGUGAGGAUGAAAGUCCCCUAAGUGACAAGUGCAGCCGCAAGACCCUGUUCUAUCUGAUUGCCACCCUCAAUGAGUCCUUCCGGCCAGACUAUGACUUUAGCACAGCCAGAAGUCAUGAAUUCAGCCGGGAGCCAAGCCUCCGCUGGGUGGUAAAUGCAGUCAACUGCAGCCUGUUUUCAGCUGUUCGAGAAGACUUCAAGGCCCUGAAGCCACAGCUGUGGAAUGCAGUGGAUGAGGAAAUCUGUUUGGCUGAAUGUGACAUCUACAGCUAUAACCCAGAUCUAGACUCAGACCCCUUUGGGGAAGAUGGAAGCCUCUGGUCAUUCAACUACUUCUUUUACAACAAGCGACUUAAACGGAUUGUCUUCUUUAGCUGCCGCUCCAUCAGUGGCUCCACCUACACACCCUCAGAGGCAGGCAAUGCACUCGACUUGGAACUGGGGGCAGAAGAGGUUGAUGAAGAGAGUGGAGGUGGAGGUGGUGAGGGCAGGGCAGAAGAGACCAGCACCAUGGAGGAAGACAGGGUUCCAGUGAUCUGUAUGUGAUGAGGAGGAGUGGAGGUCUCAGCUUCAUCCAGCUUCGACCAGUGCCUGGACCUGCCUACCUGAGGAGCUCCAGAGCCUCCCCAGAUGCCGGCUAUGCCUUGGCACUGCCACCAUCCUGGCGCUGCCCAAGGCUAUACCUGCCUAGCCCUUUGGUUUCAGCCUGUGGAUGUCCAUUUACCCCUGCAGGCUCCUACUGCCCAUGCUGUGGCUGGAUUAAACAGCACGGGGUCUGAUAGAAAAAGUGACUGCUCUGCACCAACAGUCUGUCACAGACAGGACAGCUGGACCACAGAGUUUAUUUUUGUAUUUCUUACUGGGCCUGUACACUCCAGCUCUAAGGGCCAGUAGUUUGAAGCCCUAUAAGUGGUGCCCAGUGUUUAUGGGACCUGGUCUUUGACCAGCCCCUCGUGCCCACUUUUGCCCCACCCCCACCCCACUUCACCAGGUGGGCCACAUGCACUGAGUGUCACUUUGCUGCAGCUCAUUUGUUUCCAAUAAAAGUUUCUGUGACUUAGA